AUGAAGUAUGAGGUCUUGCCUUUCAACCCAAUAGAAUAUCAAGUUCGUGAUGAAAAAGGGACCAAUUUCACAGUAAAUAUUCACAAUAGAACUUGUACAUGCAAUAGGUUUCAAGAAGAUGAAAUGCCUUGUGGGCAUGCAGUAGCUGUAAUUGCAAAGAGAAACUUGGGAGUAUAUGAUUACUGUGCAAAGUUUUACAAAACAGAAACUUUGAAAGCAAUGUAUGAAGAAAAUGUUCAUCCUUUGCCCCAUAAAGAUGAAUGGAAUCUACCACAACACUUAGACAUAGUGGUGCUACCUCCAAAGGCAACAAUCCAUGCAGGAAGACCAAGAAAGAAAAGAAUAAGAUCAAGAGGAGAACCAAAAGUGAUAAUCACCUGUGGUAAAUGUGGCUAA